AUGGCAGGGUCUGGGAGUUCCAUGACGUAUUCCUUUCUUUUAUUCAUUGUUAUUCUCUCGCUUCAAGAAAUGUACCGUGGGAAACUUGCGUCGUCGGAACUGUACACAAUACUUGGAGGGUUCACCAGCUCUCUGCUAUUUCUUGUGCUCCUAACUUUCAUUGGAAAUUUUCAGGAAUCAGCCGGUGCAAAAACUGGCUGGGGUGCUGUCAUAGUAGCAGAAUUAGUUGCUUUGAUUGCUGCAAGCACGGUUCACCGAGUAUGCACCACUACAUGUUUCCUGUUCUCGGCUGUAUUGCUCUAUGAGGUUAACAAGCUCUCUGGAUCAGCGGUUUCAACAACUGACUCCAGAUCUAAAAAGCAAAGUGGGAGAGCUUAA